GGUCAAAAAGCAGGAUUGACAUUGUUAUGUGAUUCUUUCUUUCAAAAAAGCAUCAGCACGUAGAUCUACGUCAUUGUCACACUCAGUCAUCCCUAUUUCUUGUUGAAUCAAUCAUCUAUGAUAAAUAGAUUUCCUUUCAUCUUCGUCAUCUUAACCAAGAGAACAAGCCGUACCCAACCACUACAACAACAAGGACUAGAAGAAAAUGGGUAAUCUGCUGUGUUGUGGGUCGCGGGACGACCGCACCCCAGACAAUGACAGAGGACGAAAGGGGCAGCGAACGACCCUGAGUCCGGAUCGAGGAGAACGGAGUGUAACUCCAAAUCGUUACGGCCAAGCAGUAUACGAAGACACGGGAGAGCGAUACUUCGGCGACAAAUAUUUAUGAAGAAUCUAUCUGCUGGAGGUGUAGUUGGGAAUGGAAGAAUCAAUUAGAAUUUAGAAAAUCAAACAAGAAUCCAUCUGCUGGAGGUGUAGUUGGGAAUGGAAGAAUCAAUUAGAAUUUAGAAAAUCAAACAUGAAUCCAUCUGCUGGAGGUGUAGUUGGGAAUGAAUCAAUUAGAAUUUGGAUAUCAAUAUGCAGCUUGCUGAGUACUUAGAAUAUGAAUCAUAUGCAGAUAGCUGCUUUCUAUGCUGCUCGUAGAAGAAAUUGAAAUAGAAAUUUAAUAUGCGGUAAAAAUAACAAGAAGAUGUCCUCUACUUAUUUGUGAUGUUGUAGUUCUAGGCAAACUUCAUCCCAAGAAGCCUACCGUCAAGAGGCGCACGAGGCAGGGGAUAAGAUGGCCUUGUAUGCGGAGCAGAGUCAACAGGCGUGUUAAGGGUUUUCACAUUACAGCCUUCACUAAAGCAUGUUGUAACAACAUCCCUGACACAGACUCUUUUUCCGGGUCAGGGAUGUUGUAUUGAAGAAUGCGAUGACGGAGCCUCUAACCAUGGCAACGAGGAGACAAGGGCAAGGCGUCCGAUUACAGUAAGGAAUUGAAGGCAGCAAGGGCACGAAUGGAAAAGGCGAAUUGUCUUUAAGGUUUGAGAGUGAUAGUAGAAGAAGGGUACAAGAAGAAGAGUAGCGGUCUUUUGGCUUUCGUUGGGACACGGAUGAAGCUGUGUUCUUAGGGUAGGUAGACGUAUCAAGCGUGGACGCAUUACGAUCGUUCAAACAGACGGUCUUUCUUAGAACCACGACGUCGAUGUCGGUGUUGAAUAUCUACUUACCAUUUCUUUGAUGCGCGUCCUUCUAAUCAUGCGCGUCCUUCUAAUCUCUCGCAGCGAUCGAGGUUAUCCGACCACAGCUUCAGCCCAGAGCAACUAUAGGAAAUAUGCCGGAGAAAGACGAAAGCAAGGGAGACUACAAACCUCUGGUUCAGAUGCUGCAGAAUUUUAUGCCCCAUGAUGAGUUCUUGUGUAGUUGUACGCACUUCUUGUACGUAUAAGUACAACUCAAGCGUGUAGUUGUACGUACUACUUCUUGUACGUAAGUACAACUCAAGCAGGAGGGUGAAUGCAGCAAUACUUCGUUUUUGUUUCGAAGUUGAAACACGAUGAACUGAGAUGAGAGCCUGGAACUAGUAAGAUGAGAGCCUGACACCUCGUCUGAGUCAUCCCUUCUUGUUUCUCCCUUUUUCCUUGUCUUCUCUUCCUUUUCUCUCUAGUACGCCCUCGCUAGUUUUUCCCUUCCUAGGAAGGAGUAUACUCUCUCGUCUUCCACCUUCAUCCUAUCGACCUGGCGGUAUCCGAAGCUGGAUUUGCAUGGGCUGUACGUCCGCGAGGCGGAAGAGGUGUUGGAAGCGUUUUUGGAUACCUUCAGCAAAAACAAAACUGAGAUUAAGGGUAGGUUAAAGGUGCUUUUCUUACCGCUUUUUAUGCCUCUCCUAAGAGAGAAAGGCAUAAAUAAAAGCGGGGUAAGCAAACACCAAAAACCUACCUCUAAUGAGAAACAAGUCUGUGUCGUAUUUGGACAGGGAAAUCACUCUUAUGGACUAGUGGAUGAAGUAGGUGUAUGAAGUAGGUGUAGGACAUCAAGAAGAGCACAAGAAUCAUAUACAUCUUCUGGGUUACAACUUCUAAUGGCCAAAUUUUUGUUAGUCCUAUUGUAACUAGGGAAGUAAUUGUAUAUUACACCUCUUCCUUUUAUACACCUCUACUUUUUUCUGUAGGUUUUGGGGAUCGUUCUUGUCCUAGAUCAUAGAGUAUUUUUCUCGUUCUCGUUCUCUUCAGUACGUAAAUGGUUUAGACUUGUUUCAGUAUUCUAGAUACAUUGAGAUGAUCAAGCAGCAGAGCAGCACAUUGUAUCCGGGUGAUUGAUUAGCAUCAGCACACAUACUUAAACUUCUCAAUUGUUUGAACUCAUAGAAUUUCAAAAGCAGAAAACAUCUUCUCAGGAAAUGAAAUUCUUUUGUUGGAGAUUGAUUCGUUCCACUUCUACUUCUAAAAUUCCGAAAACCAUCGAGCCAAAAUUGGUCCUGCCGUGAAGGGGUUUUUACGAAGAGCGAACCUAAAGUUCGCAGACGACGUGACUGCUAGUGGCAAUCAUCAGAAUCGAGGAGCGGUGAUUGUCUAUCUGUGAAGAGGAGCAGUAAUGUGGCAAUCUGGUCAUUUUGAGAGGCGACUAGAGCAAUCGAAUCAUCGCAACUUAGUUGAACUACGCCUGAGUACUAGAAGAAUCGAGGAGCAGCGUGAAGAUUUGGUGUAUCUGCUGCUCCGUGUCCGAAGCAGGUCUACUACGAUGUUUUUCCAACCUCCUUCGAAGAAGCAGAUGAAGACGCACGAAAAUGAAUUGUUAACACGAAAGGUCCUCAAGCUGUAGAAAACCUCAGCACCUCAAAAGGAUUUCAAUUUUAUUGAGAGCGCAUGAGCAUGAGGGCGUGGGACGAGCAAUACAACAAAGACAUCCAUGUACAUGUUAUUAUUGUUAACACUGAAUUUUUAGAAUCCUUCUUCGUGGCACAAUCACUCUACUAUGAUUGCUUUCUACGGACAGGUCGUUUCGAUAGUUUUUAGGAUUGAAUUUGAACGAACCUUCUAUGUUUUAUCGUCCCCGAACGGUGUGCCUCGUCUCGUGUAAGCGGGCAAAGCAAGAAAUGCUUCUAGGGAAUAUUCUCGUACUGAGGAAAGAUGUAGUGGUCGUACAUGCGAGGAAGAUGAAGAAUCAGAC